CAUCCGGGAUAUGUACCCUCGGUAUUCACCUCACGUCCCAUGUGAACAUUUCUGAACACAACUGUGUCUUUAUUGUGACAUUUUAAUCUUAUUUUCUUUACAAACAGUGGCGGGAAGAAGGGAUUUAUCUCCCGCAGCAGAGUUUUACCGGUUUUUAAUAGUUUUUAAUGAUACUUUCUAGAGUUUUAUUGCUAUGCCACAUACUUUGAGUUCCUUCGACCCCACUCAUCUUUGGUUUCUAAAUGACAAAGCGUCAAAAAUUCACAUUUAUGCCACUUGGACAAAAGUGCGAAAACGACACAGUAAAGUGAACCUGCUGUUUGAGGACAACGUUUCCAAAUGUGUGAGAGGCAAGAAGGGGAAAAAGGCCAGACACCCGGGCCAAGUGGAGAAAUGUAUGAGCUCCAUGCAGAUGGGGACCCAGAUGGUGAAGCUCCGCGGCGGCUCCAAGGGGCUGGUGCGCUUCUUCUUCCUGGACGAACACAAGUCGUGCAUCCGCUGGAGGCCAUCGCGCAAGAAUGAGAAGGCAAAGAUCUCCAUCGACUCGAUCCGUGAGGUAUGCGAGGGGAAGCAGUCUGAGAUCUUCCAGCGGUAUGCCGAGGGCAGCUUUGACCCAAACUGCUGCUUCAGUCUGUACUACGGGGAGCACAUGGAGUCCCUGGACUUGGUCUCUGGCACGGGAGAGGAGGCCCGGACCUGGAUCACAGGACUCAAGUACCUGAUGGCUGGAAUCAGUGACGAGGACAGCCUGGCCAAGAGGCAGCGAACCAGAGAUCAAUGGCUGAAGCAGACCUUCACCGAGGCCGAUAAGAAUGGAGACGGCAGCUUAAGCAUCAGCGAGGUCCUGCAGCUUCUGCACAAGCUCAACGUCAACCUGCCCAGACAGAAGGUCAAACAGAUGUUCAAGGAGGCCGACACAGACGACAACCAGGGCACGUUGGGCUUCGAGGAGUUCUGUUCGUUCUACAAGAUGAUGUCGACCCGCAGAGAUCUCUACCUCCUCAUGCUCACCUACAGCAACCACAAAGACCACAUGGAUACUGACGACCUGAUACGCUUCAUGGAGGUGGAGCAGAAGAUGACGAAGGUGUCCAAGGAGCACUGCCUGGAAGUCAUCAACAAAUUUGAGCCGUGCUCUGAAAACCAGAAGCAAGGGGUUCUGGGAAUCGAUGGUUUGACCAAUUACACGCGCAGUCCCGCUGGAGACAUCUUCAACCCAGACCACUACAAUGUAGUCCAGGACAUGACUCAGCCACUGUGUCACUACUUUAUCGCCUCCUCACAUAACACCUACCUGAUGGGAGAUCAGCUGAUGUCUCAGUCCAGAGUGGACAUGUACGCCUGGGUCCUGCAGGCCGGCUGUCGCUGCGUGGAAGUGGAUUGUUGGGACGGUCAGGACGGUGAGCCCAUCGUCCACCACGGCUACACCCUCACCUCAAAGAUCCUCUUCAAAGACGUCAUCGAGACCAUCAACAAGUACGCCUUCGUCAAGAAUGACUUCCCCGUCAUCCUGUCCAUCGAGAACCACUGCAGUGUUCCUCAGCAGAAAAAGAUGGCCCAGUACCUGAUCGAGAUCCUCGGGGACAAACUGGACCUGUCCAACAUCAAAGCUGACGAGUCCGGACGGCUGCCGUCACCAGAAAUACUCAAGGGCAAGAUCCUCGUCAAGGGGAAGAAGCUUCCUCCGAACAUCGACGAGAACGCAGAGGAGGGAGACGUGUCCGACGAGGACAGCGCUGACGAGAUGGAGGACGACUGCAAGCUGAUGAACGGAGAUACUACGGCCAACAGGAAGCAGGUGGAGAACAUGGCCAAGAAGAAGCUGGACAACCUGAUGAAGGAGUCUAAGAUCCGAGACAGAGAGGACCCGGACAGCUUCACAAUCGCAGCUCUUCCUCCUACCGGGAAGUCGACGGAUAAAACCGGCUCCAAGGGUAAAAGUGAGGACGGGACGGACACAGCGGACGAGUCGAACUCCAGCAGCAACAAGCGGACUGGACGCUCCUUCAUUGGGAGUUUCUCCAAACGCAAGAAAAAGACAACCAAGCUGAAGAAGACGUCGAGUUUUGAGGACACCGAUACCGACCAAGAGAGCACAAGUAGUGCCUCCAGAGCUCCAUUACACCACAGCAAGAAGAAGAAGACCAUGAAGUUGUCCAGAGCUCUGUCUGAUCUGGUCAAGUACACAUGCUCUGUGGGUCUCUAUGACAUUGAGUCACAAGCAAGCUGCAACUGGCAGGUGUCGUCUCUCAGUGAGACCAAAGCCCACCAGGUGAUGCAGCAGAAAGCCUCGGCCUUCAUCCAGUUCAACCAGCGACAGCUCUCCCGUAUCUACCCUUCCUCUUACCGCGUCGACUCCUCAAACUUCAACCCUCAGCCUUUCUGGAGCGCCGGCUGCCAGCUGGUUGCCCUCAACUACCAGUCAGAGGGACGCGUCCUGCAGCUCAACAGAGCCAAAUUCUACAGCAACGGCAAUUGCGGCUACAUCCUCAAACCAUCCUGCAUGUGUGAAGGUGCCUUUAACCCGAGCCUGGAGGACCCUCUGCCAGGUCAGAUGAAGAAACAGCUGGUGCUGAAGAUCAUCAGCGGACAACAGCUGCCCAAACCAAAAGACUCCAUGCUGGGAGACAGAGGAGAGAUCAUUGAUCCCUUCGUGGAGGUGGAGGUCAUCGGGCUUCCUGUGGACUGCUGCAAGGAGCAGACCAGAGUGGUGGAUGAUAACGGGUUCAACCCGAUGUGGGAGGAGACUCUGGUGUUUAACAUCCACAUGCCAGAGCUCACCCUGGUGCGUUUCCUCGUGUGGGAUCAUGACCCCAUCGGCCAGGACUUCAUCGGCCAGCGCACCAUCGCCUUCAACAGCAUGAUGCCAGGUUAUCGCCAUGUUUAUCUGGAAGGUAUGGAGGAGGCUUCAAUCUUUGUUCAUGUAGCCGUGAAUGACAUCACUGGUAAGGCCAGAGCAGCCAGCGGCAUAAAAGGGCUGUUUCACAGAAACCCAAAGCAGGCUUCCCUGGACAGCCAUGCUGUUGCACAGCACAGCCGUAAGCACCCGUUCGGUGCCCACCUCCUCCGCCGCACUGCCAGUGCACCCACCAAAGGCCAGCCCAAAAUCAAGAAGGGCUUCCCAGAGAUCGACACCAAAGACUACAGCUCAGAGGGUGCAAGUGAGGAGCGAGAGUCUGAGGACCGGGACAAGGCUUCUGCUGCCGCCUCUCACCAGCCCUCGACACAACAACACCGCAACGGGGACUCACUGGCAUCCCACCAAGCCAAAGGCCCCUGGGACCGACCUGACACCAAUGGGGCUUUUCACCCUGAGGAGGGUAAAGUGCAGAAUUGAGGGGAUGACCAGAGCCAGACCGUUCCUCAGAGCAGAGACCAGCUCCCCUUCCUCCAAUUCUUGCACUAAACUCUGAAGAGGCCAGGAACCACCGUUUCAUCCGCUCCAUCUCCACUCCUGAAGAAAUCCUGUCUCCUUAUCACCCGUCAUGUCCCCCUCAGUCCUCCACACCCACAGCAAUAAAUGCUAACUCCCCAAUGACCGCUCCUUUAAACGGGGCAGUGGACAAUCCCAUCAAGGUGAUCAGAGACCUUAAGGAGUCUCCAGCCCAGUCCAGGACAUCCCCCCUUCUUAAAACCCCUGCUGAGAAAGCUGCAGCAUCACAGUGCAGCCAAGACGCCCAAACCGACAAAAGUACUCCUCGGCUUACGGAGCAGUCCCCAAACCAGAGCCAGAACCACGAAGCUCUGACUGAGAAGAGAAAUGAUGCAGCAGAGUUAGAAUUAGAGGCUGCUGCAGACUCUACUGGAACCCCUGCAGCCCCAGCAGCAAAGACAACCCAGGCCAGAAGAGCGCUGUUCAGCAACCUGCCGUCACACGCUCCAGUGAGAAGAGCAAAGAGUGAGGGUCAUGUCCGGGUCUCUGUAGACUCUGCUGAUCAGGUCCAGUCAGCCGUACCCGAGGUCUUCAUGGACGCCACCAUGAACGACCGCCUGUGGAGCAAGUUAGAGCCAGGCAACCACCGAGACAGCAUGUCCUCCUCCUCCAGCAUCUCUUCCAGCGACACGGUCAUCGACCUGUCGCUCCCUAACCUUGCAAGAAAGAGCCUCAGCAGUCUGCCCACGACCAGCAGCCCCCGCGACGCAUCCUGGGCCAACUGCCGCCACUCAGCUUUAGUCUCCUAUGACACCCUGAGAGUCAGCAAGAGCAAGUCCAACCCCAAUCUGCAAGAAAAUGAAAGUGAUAAUGAUGAGCUCAGGCCCCGCCCCCUUCAGCCCCCCCAGGAGGCUCCUCUGGACUCCCCCAACAGACUGACUCAAAGGAGGCACACCUGGAGCCGGCUCUACAUGGAAGGGCUCAAGCAGUCAUCUUCCAUCAAGCUGUCCCCUCCAGCUGCACCACAGACCGCUGCAGCCUCCAUGUCCAAGAGCCUUGGGGAUCUGACCUCUGACGACAUUUCCUGCAACUUUGACAGCAAGUACCGCAGCAUCAGCCGCAGCUUCAUCGUCAGGCCAGCCCGGGAGCAGCUCCGAAGGGGCGGCCUGCAGAAACCUCGAGCACCCAGCGACCUGACGGAACAGCUCCGUAAGCUGACAGAUGUUGAGCCCCUUACUCCCAGCGACUUCUCCCCAAAACACAGACCGGCAGAGCCACAGGAGGAGCCCGAGGACGAGACCCUGGUGCGGAGGACCUCCUCCAGGAGCCAGAGCCGGGUGCGGUACAUCGCAAACAGGGCCAAGAAAGCCCAGGAGAGGCAGAGGCUGCAGGGCCUGGUCCAGGGCAGAAGUGCCAGCUUUAGCUUUUCUGGUAGCAUUGGCAGUGGAAGCGGUGCGAGCCCCAUUGAGGAGCGGGGGAAUCCUGAAGGGGCGUGCUGCGUGGCCCGGAGUCCCUGCACCAGCCAGGACCUGCUGAGUCAGCUCGCUCCCCUCGGCACCCCCUCGCCCAGACAGUCCCAUUCCUCCCCAGACCCUGAAAACAGUGAAGUCUUUUUUAUGCUCAAACUCUGAGAGCUGGCUGACUUGGAACUGAGCGUGAGAGACGCAGCGAGAAACUUGGAAUACACUCCUUUCUUUUUUUUUUCUUCAAGUAGAAAUCUUUUUUAGAAAAGUUGCAUAUCUCGCAGAAUCUCUCUCAGAAAACUGCAGAUUGUGUCGAUGUCUGAAGAAAACUCACUCAUUUAAUAAUCUAUGAACGAUCAAUUCCUCACCUGGAGAUCUUUUUUUAAACACUCCUCCGUCUUGAAGAGCUGCACUUCUCUGCCUCUACAGCUCUGUCGUCUGUUUGCACCAAACGUUAGAAAGUCGCCAGAAUGUAUUUAGUGGAGUUUUGAAAUAGUUGUUUACGUUGACCCUCGUCUACUCUCAUGUUUGAGUAUUUUUUGGAACUUGACUUGAGCGUACAGUAGCAACCGAACACAACUAGAGAUCAAGAUUUUUACUGAGUCUUUUUAUUUGAUUUACUCAAACUGUAAUCCUUUUGUUUAAAUUAGAGACUUUAUAUCAAAGCGUUACGAUCCGCCCGCCCAUCCACUAGCAAUAUUUUGAAAAUGAUGGCAUGGUGUCACGUUGAGGAUAAUGUACAGUCUGAUGCUUAAAGCUCUCCUUCUGUCUGCGCUAAAAGAACUUAAAGUAAUAUUUCUCUGAUGCAGGAUCUUCAUUUGUAGUCUGUGUCGUGCUCCUGUUGUAAUCAGACCAAACUGCCAACAUUUUCUGACCCUCCUGCUCCGUGGCAUGUCACAGCACUGAGAGCCUGUACGUUGAAGCCGUGGUAGACCGCUCCAUGCCGAGUUUUUUAGUCGACUGCAUGUCUAUGCUGCACUGUAAUGUUUAUCCUAAGGCUCUGCUUUACUCCACUAAGACUUUUUACACGGUUCAUUCUUUUUCCAAUCAUCUGACGGCGGUCACUGCAGGAGCAUCAAGUCUGAAACUCUGUGUUCUCAUUGGUUAGUAGUCAAAUCCAAGAUGGACAUGAUCCGUAUCGAAGCACGUUUAUCGUCGGCCUGCUGUAAUGUUUGCACUGCCAUGCCUGUUGUUUGUGCAAAAUUUUAGGGACAAUAUUUAAAUCAAUCCAAACUGUGUUAUUAUGACCUGAAUAAAUCUCAAAUGAAUAUUA